AUGUACCAACCAACUCUGGAACAAGUGCGUGAAAUGGCAGGCCAGGGUAAUUUAUGCCCGGUUUACCAAAUCAUAAAUGCCGACCUUGAAACCCCGGUAUCAGCCUACCUCAAAGUUGCCCGGCUGCCAUAUUCGUUUCUGCUGGAAUCGGUAGCCGGCGGAGAACGCCUGGGCCGAUACAGUUUUAUCGGAACCGAACCGUACGACGUGUUCAGCACCGGUAGCGACCAGCCGUCUGGAUCGGUUGAUCCUUUGACGUUAGUUGAAAACGAGAUGAACCGCUAUCAGUUGAUACCGUUAGAGGGCCUGCCUCCAUUCCACGGUGGCGGCGUGGGUUACGUCGCCUACGAUGCUGUCCACUAUUUUGAACCCCGUGUGCCAAUGUUGGAGUCGGACCCACAGGGAUUGCCUGAAUCGGUGUUUAUGUUCACCGACACUCUGCUGGUGUUCGAUCACUUGCGGCACGAUAUCAAGGUUGUCAGCCACGCCAGGCUGGAUGGAGACAUUGACGCCGCAUACACGGAAGCCGUGGCCAAGAUAGAUCGGAUGGUCGACCGGCUUUCCCGCCCAUUGGAACUCCCACCCGAAUUGACGCGAACGCCGUCGGCGCCUGAAUCGAGCGAAGCGCAGUCGAACUUCACGGUCCAGGAAUACGAAAACAUCGUGGAUAAAUGUAUCGAGUACAUCUACGCGGGUGACGUCAUUCAGGUCGUGAAUUCACAGCGUUUCAGCCGGCAGACCGACGCCCAUCCGUUCCAGGUGUACCGCGCGCUACGGGGCAGCAAUCCGUCGCCGUACAUGUACUACCUCGACCUCAACGGAUUCCAGAUUGUCGGCGCUGCCAUCGAAACGGUAGCCAAGGUCGAAGACGGCGUCGUUGCCACCCACCCAAUUGCCGGCACCCGCCCACGAGGGCAGACGACUGCCGAAGACGUCGCACUGGAAAGCGAACUCAAAAACAGCGAGAAGCAGCGCGCCGAACACAUCAUGCUGCUGGAUCUGGGCAGGAACGAUAUCGGGCGAGUCAGCGUGCCAGGCACCGUCAACGUCACCCAGUUCAUGGACGUGGAGCGAUUUUCGCACGUGAUGCACCUGGUGUCCCAUGUGGAAGGCCAGCUGAAGCCAGACAUGACGCCGUACGACGCGUUACGCGCCUGUUUUCCCGCCGGCACGGUUUCGGGCGCUCCCAAAAUUCGGGCAAUGGAGAUCAUCGCUGAGGUAGAAGGUGAACGCCGCGGCCCGUACGGUGGAGCGGUCGCCUAUUUCAGCUACAACGGAAACAUGGAUACCGCGCUGGUAUUGCGGACUGGUAUCUUCAAGGACGGCGUAAUGUACGUGCAGGCCGGUGGCGGCGUCGUGGCGGACAGUGUUGCCGAAGAUGAAUACAUGGAAACACGCCACAAAUCCGGCGCCAUGAUGCGGGCCAUCGCCGACGCCGAAGGAUUGAACUGA